ACGCCGGGUCAGACGUCGUCUUUUAUUCCGGGAGACGGAAGGAGGGAGGGAGGAGAGACCGGCACCGGGAUCGGGAUCGGGAUCAGGAUCAAUACCGGGACCGGGACUGGGAUUGGGUUCAGGACCGACAUCGGAAUCGGGAUCCGGAUCAAUACCGGGACCGGGACUGCGUCCAGGACCGACUCCGGAACCGGGUGGAGGUGCCGGACAGGGAGGCCGAGUCCCGGCGGCGGGGACAGACCGACCGAGACCCUGCCCCUCCCACCGACCUUCUGUCUUGGAGUCAGGAUCGUGAACUGGUGUGCCAUUCCACAGUUCCUCCCCCUCCCCAGGAUCUCAGACCCCUCCCCUCCCCCUCGCUGGGCGAUGGAGGGUGAGGGGGUGCUGGCCGACCCAGACUCUGCCCCACCCUGUCAGUCCCCCACCCCCCAGGAGCCGUUUGGGGGGAUGGUCUCACGGCUGGGGGGCUUCGAGGCGCUGAUGGGGGGCUUUGGCCGACACCAACGGCUGGUCUGUGUCCUGACCUGGCUCCCCCUGCCCCCUCUGGCCUUUGCCCUCCUCUCAGGGUCCUUCCUCACCCUGGUGCCGGCCCAUCGCUGCCGGAGGGAGGGUGAGGUUGAGGGCGAGGCAGCCGAGGGUGAGGACUCCUGCCAACUCAACACUAGCGACCAUCGCCCCUGUCCGUAUGGUUGGAAGUACCAGUCCUCAGAGGGUCUGAAUACCAAUAUCAUCACCCAGUGGGACUUGGUCUGCGAUUCGUCCUGGAAGUCGUCAGUGGAGGAGAUUUGUUUCGUCCUGGGCUGCCUGGCAGGCUUCCUGCUGCUGGGUUACCUGGCGGAUUGGUUGGGACGAAGAAUCUCCUGCCUCCUGUCCGUGAGCCUCUCCAUCCUCUUUGGGACCCUGGUGUCUGUUGCCCCCAGCCUCCCUGUCUUUACCCUGGCUCGCUUCUUCCAGGGAUCCGCAGUUGCCGGCCUCCUACUCUCUCUCUACCUCAUCCGGUUGGAGGUCUGCGACCCCCCUCACCGGCUGCCAGUCUCCAUGGUCUCUGGCCUGUUCCUGGUGGGGGGGGAGUUCCUGCUGCUGGGCCUGGCCGUGGGCUGCCGGGACUGGAGGCUCUUCCAAGGGGUCAUCACCGCCCCCCUCGGCCUCUUCUUGGGCUUCUGCUGUCCGCAGGUCCUGCCGGAGUCCUUGCGCUGGCUCUUGUCGACGGGACGCGUGCCGGAGGCCAGGGCUGCAUUGGGACGGAUCCUGGAGCGGAACCGGCCCAGGGAGGAUCGGGAGCCUCUGGAGCUGGAGUCCUCCUUCACUGAUCUGGAUUCCUCCUAUCCCGGGAAUCACGAGUCAGAGCGGGAGACCCUCUGCAAGCUCCUGAAAUGCAGAAACAUUUGGAAAAAUAUCCUAAUCCUGGGCUUCACUGCGUUUAUCGGACACGGGAUCCAGCAUUGCUACGGAACUUUCCGAAACAGCGUCCUGGGCUCCAGGCCGAGCUUCUCCGUGAUGUAUCUGUUGUCAGCCGGGGCCGGGGGCCUGGCGUGCCUCUUCCUGUGCGCUACCGUUGACCGGUGUGGGCGCAGGGGCAUCUUGCUGCUGAGUAUGACACUGACCGGCCUUGCCUCCCUCAUCCUCCUCGGGCUCUCUGAAUACCUGAACGAUGUGACCAUCCUGAUAUUCUGCUCACUGGGUUUAUUCUCCUCCCGCGCCGUGGGAACACUCAGCAUCUUCUUCUCCUCCGAGGUCAUUCCCACUCUCAUCAGGGGCCUGGGCCUGGGCGUGGUCCUGGGCCUGUCAUGGCUGCCGAGGCUGAGCCGGUUGCUGUUGGAGCUGCAGGGCAGCCGGGCUUACUUCUUGCACCACGUUCUGCUGGCCUCGCUGGCCCUGCUCGGCUGCCUUUGCAUUCUGCUGCUGCCCGAGACCAAACGCAAGCCACUUCCCGACAGCCUGCAGCAGGGCGAACUCUGCCGGCGGCCCUCCUUCCUCCAGCGGCCUCGUGACAACGUACCUCUGCUGGCUGCCCCCAACCCCACCAUCUGACCCCGACCCCUCAACCUCACCUCAUGACCCAUUGACACACUCCGGCCUUGCUUCCUGCUCCCCAAACCCCCCCCCCCACCGCUCAUCCAACACCCCACAGCUCAGCCUGACCCCUGAACCUCACCUCACCCCACGACCUAGUGACACGCUCUGGCCUUGCUUCCUGCUCCCCAAACCCCCCCCCCACCGCUCAGCCUGACCCCUGAACCUCACCCCACCCCACGACCUAGUGACACGCUCUGGCCUUGCUUCCUGGUCCCCAAACCCUCCCUCAUCCAAUACCCCACCCUCUGACCUUCCCCCCAACUCAUCCUUUGCUCUGCAGCCGAGCCUCGACACCUAACCUGACCCUCCUUCCCUGUAGCAGGUGGAAGACCAGAACAUCAAGUACACACGAUGGAACGUCCUCUUUCUCUCUGACCAUACCCAUGUUUAACAAUCGUGUUACUCAUGUCACAGUU